AUGUCUCGAUACCCCAUGCCAAGUGAGGGGGACUAUUGGACUCAAGAUGAUAUACAACCAGAAACACAAGUUGUAAGCGGCGGCGACGACGACGAUUUGGAGGCUGCAUUGUCCCCAGCGAUGGGUACUUUGGCGGGAAGCGCUGCCGGGGCGGUCGACAGGGGCCAGGGUGGUGCUGUGAUGGCGGGCGGGCGGGCUCUGACUCGGGGUUGGUCUGAGCUGCUGCCGCGGCCCCCCAGUUUUCCACAUGCUACGUCCAAUUCAUCCAGGAUUUGCGGCGGCAACGGUGAUAUUUCUGCUGCUGUCGUUGCUGGUGGUAUAAAUGAACAUUCGGAUCGGCGUCGCGAUGGCAACGUCGAAAUAUACAAACUCGGCUCGGGAUCUGGAUUUGAACAAAACGAGACGGCGGCUGUUGCUGCUGGGUGCGGCAUAGGAUUGACGGCGAUAACGGCUGGUGGCGGCCACCAAGAUUUGGUCCACCAGCCCGUACCGAAGAAAUCGACGACGACAACGACGACGACAGAAGAGGACGUACCACCGCCCGCGUAUUCACCACGGAGCGAAUACUACUACGACUACAAUCAUCAUCACCACCACCAACCAGAACAUCUGAGGCGAUACAACACAUUUGCGAUGAGAGACGGAGGAGGACGUGACAGUGAAGAUGAAGCCUCGGGGCUCUUGUCUUCCCCCCAGCCGCGCGGGUCGGCGAGCGGAGAGAGGCAGGGUUUGUUGACCGACAGCCCGACCACAGCGAGGUCGCCGCAGAACAUGAGCGGAGAGGUGGACGUGGACGAUGUCGAGCCGGCGAGGUGGCGGCCGGCAAAGAGGAGGACGCCGCUGCUGCGGUCGAGGGCUUGCCGGAUGUUGUUGAUUGUGAUCGCGGCAGCGGCGAUAGUUUUGGGCUUUAUCGGGGCUUAUUUGAACUCUGCAUCGGCGAGGACGACUAAUAUCAUCGAGUCACCUGGUCAGCCCAUAAAGUCACAAGCAAGUCUUGGAGAUCCAGAACCAAGUGAUGGUCCAAUAAGAGUACAAAAUCAACAAGAGCCGCCGAUGCAGUAUCCUCCCUUCGACGGCGAAAUUAUAUUUCCACCCAAGUCGGGAUGCGCAAUUGGCAAGGCCGUCAGCAAGGAGACGUACCCAUUCAUCACCGGCGAUGCAUAUUCGCUGGUGCUUGUACAACAGAUGGAGGGAGAGGACCAGUCGCAGCCAGGUAUGCCCGUCAAGGUCUAUGGCGACGUGUUAGUACGGAGGACGACAGGCGCGCCCGAGAUGGUCAUCGAGAUCCAGGGCAACGACGACGCCGUCCGGAUCACCCAACAGUGGGACUCGCGGGCGCAGAAACUUAUACUUACCGCCCCGAACAGGGCUCAGGGUCGAACGCAGCCUCCUUGCCUGCACAUCCGGGCAACCAUCUCUCUGCCCAAGGGCGCGAGGCUCGACAACAUCAACGUCGAAGUGUUGCACCUCAACAUUCACCUGCUGGACAAUCUCGAUAUGGGCGUGCUCAAGAAGGCUGAGCUUAGCACAAUCGCCGGCUCAGUAGCAUGCGCCACCGCAACGCGAGACGAAAACGAAUUGUUUAUGCUGGGCCAGAACGGGGCUCCGCCUUUCUUCCGCUUCGAGGCGAGAUCGAUCUAUGCCACGGCAUCGAGCGGAUCUAUCAGUGGCGCCUGGCCACUAUACGACUACCUCCGUCUCGAUACUCUCUCGGGUACGGUAAAGGUGGGAAUCGAGCCCAAGCCAGUGUUGGAAUCAGACCCACGAGUAGCUACGCUCGUUAUCCGCUCAACCUCGGGAAAUGUUGAAUUCUGGGAGCCGAUAUAUCAGGCACGGCAGACACUGCUGGCGCAGCAGGAUGCGGCGGGCAACGGGCUCGCACCGCAAGGCAUGACGCGGUCUGCGGCUGAGAUGCUACCACCGAGAGAGUAUGAUAUCAAUGUAGGCACGACUUCGGGCGAUAUCAAGGGCGCGGCCGCCUUUAGCUACUCGGCCAAGAUGCACUCGACCAGCGGCAACAUCGGAGUCGACAUGCUCGCCGUCUUGCCGGCCGAGUUAGGAAUAAUGGGAGUUGUGGCCGGAGAGGACCAGAAGCAGAGCCUCCUGCAAACAACAUCUACAAGUGGCGGCACGGUCGUCAGAGUGCUGGAGCCAUUUUGGUGGAGCGCGGCCACGGGCGUGUACUCUACAGCCCUCGAAGGUGGUCCGGCGCGCGUGCCUCAGCCGCCUCUAACCAGCCCACCUCGUCCGAGCACCCCGCCUCCAGAGGACCCUGAGCGUGGGAUUGUGGUUCCAAUUGUCAACGGCCGCCCGGGAGAUCGAUUCAACGUCCCGUCAGGACCCCCGGCGUUCCUGAUCCCACCGGGAGUGGCAUCGCCGAGCAUCAGCCAGCGGGCACCGAAGCCAGAGACCAUUGAGGGCGACGACCCAGAAGACCCCGAGCGCGGAAUCAUAGUCCCCAUUGUCAACGGUCGACCGGGAGAUCGGUUCAACAUCCCGUCUGGCCACCCUUCAAUAUUCAUCCCGCCAGGCAUGGAACCGCCCGUUAUAACCCCUCGCUCACCGCAGCUGCAGACGGCCGAGGCCGCAGCGGCACAGCAGCAGCAGGCGCAGGCGGCCGCGAUGGGGGUGCCCAAGUACCUGCGCACGCUGCAGUCGCGGCACAGCACCACGUCGGCGGCCGUCGGCGUGAGGUACCCGUCCUCGUGGCGCGGCGAUAUUGACGCCUCCGACAUGUCGGGCCGCAUCAAGGUUUGGGGCAAAGACGUCGUCAUCCUCGACCGGACCGGCAACCGGCCCGGGGUCAACAAGCACGUCGCGGCGCGCAAGGGUGACCAAGAGGGCGGGGACUCGAGCAGCAUGGUGGUGCAGAGCAUGAGCGGCAAGAUUGAUAUCGGUGUAGGCGAGAGGCGUUGAGGAUUUAGCUGGUGAAAUACUGGGUUGGUUUUUAUGAUUUACGAUUUUUAUUACUUUUGCGUUGACUCCUUUCUGGUUCCUCUCUUUUGGGUCAACUCAACUACUUGGUGUUUGUUUGGGGUUAAACAAAAAAAGAGGCGUUGGGUUGAAGCGAUGUAAUAUCCCUUGAAUUGUAAUUGCUUUUCUUCUUCUUUUACUUUUUCUUUUCUGUAUACCCUCACUCUUUUUUUCUCGUCCUGAACAGUUGGGAUAUUAUAUAUUUUUUCCUCCUCUUCUUCAAACAGCUUCUUUAACAACUAAUCCAACGUACUGAAGUUGGGUCAGAACCCCCGGGUGCUUACGGG